UUUAUACCUAGGUUUUUGACUACAACUCUCCUUUCUCCUAAGAGGGCACCGAACUUGCCGAUCGUACCUGAGUCUGCGCUGCGCUAAUCUUUUACAGGAUUCCGCCCCUGGACCUUUUCCCUUCUAGAGAUGCCUAGGAUAGAUCUCACAUCAUGCCUCUCCCUGAGUCAAAAUUCACUCCUUCACGGAUUCCUGGGCUCCUACGGAGCGGAGCUACGGCCUCACCUGCUCCUCCGCCCCUGCUGGGUUCGGCAGCCCAAACGCCAGCACCCGAAGAAACGGGUGGUAUUCGCUGACAGGAAGGGACUGCCUCUGAUCACCGUGCACAAUUUUUCUUGUGAUGUUACAAAUCCUAAAGAAGAACUGCCGCCCUUGAGCAGAAUGGUGCAGCCGGUGCCAGCCUGCCCCACGAAGGUGUCCAGCUAUGCCCUUGGUUUCUCUCAGCCCUUGGAUGACUACGGUUGCUUCUGCAGGUGUCUGAAGGCCCAGAAGGUGUGCCUGGAACAGUGUGCCAUCCAGGGGCGCUUCUUGCAAGGUACCGUUCAGGUGCACAACCUGGGAUAUGAGAAGAUUGUGCAAAUGCGCAUCACUUUCGAUGCCUGGACUUCUUACCUUGACGUACCCUGUGUUUAUGUGCGUCACCUUUUCGGAGGUGAAAUAGACACCUUCGCUUUCCAGAUGGCACUGCCCAGUGGUCCCCCAGGCCCAGCUGGUACCAUCCAGUUCUGCUUCUCUUUUCAGUGUGCUGGGCAGAUUUACUGGGACAAUAACCAGGGUUGUAACUACCACCUGAAGCCCUCAGGCUUCGUUCUUAGCGUGCCCUGUCAGUGAGCGUCUCUCUGAAACUCCUCUUUGAGCCGCCACAGAUGGGUUGCCUAUUUUCUUUGCUGACAUCUAAAGGUUUUUCCUCUGACUAGCGGGGCUUGUACCUAGUCUGGGGCAUGAAGGCGUGUUUUCUUUCCAGUGGUUUCAACCUUUUCUGCUCCUAGAGUUACAGUAAGACCAAUAAAUACCUGAGCUAAGUUACUAACUGGACAUAGAAUUCAAGUGCUUUUCUUCCUCACGCAAAAGCCAGGAAGGCGAUUCCAGUUUUGUGUGAGUUAUGGGUGUUGUUUUAAGAUGUGAAGCUUCCUUUAGGAAGACACUGGGGGUACUGUUCUUUUGCAGAAUUUUAGGGUUGAUUUUAAACUGGGGGGGGGGGGGGGAGUUUCAGUUAAUGUUUUAAUUACCAGUAUACUCGUAUAGAGACAGCUAUGUGGCUUAGUGGAUAGAGCACUGGGCCUGGAGUCAGGAAGACCUAAGUUCAAAUGU